AUGGCUAAGGAGGCUAGGAAGACCACGAGUGAGAAGCAAACAGGGGCGCCAUCACAAACAGGAAGCCAGCAAUUGGAGCGUAGAAGGGUCCUAGUGGUGGGGGAUUCUAACGUGACCAAGGUUAGAGAUGGCGUCUUCAAGACAGUGAAGGAAGAUGGGAGAGUCAGGGUGGAGGCACAGUCGGGGAAGAGCAUGGUGGAUGCACUGGCAAAAGCUCAGGAGGUUGUAGAAAACAGCAUGGAGGGCGAAAAUCUGGUCAUUAUUCAUACUGGGCUAAAUGAUGUGUUGAAGGGCAAGGAUCAGAACCUUCAGAGAAAGCUAGAGGAUGAGAUGCGUAAGCUCCGUAAAGCCUCUGGGAGUGUGCAUGUGACCAUAUGCACAGUCCCAGAGGUCGGGGGGCAGCCUCGUGUGAUUGGAAGGAGGGUAGUGGAGGCCAAUUGUGUGAUCAAAGGUUUGAGCCGGCAACUCGGAUACAGCGUAAUCGACGUUUACCAAGACGUGUACGAGCCCGGCGCUCGCCCCUUUGCACAGGAUGGCAUUCACUACAGUGGUGCGACGGGCAGGAGGGUCGGUAACAGAAUGGGUCGCCAAGCCAUAGCUUUUUUAGGGAGACGCCGAGCCCUGAGGCCAACAGAGUGA